UGAACUCAAAACCCUAACAUAGUGAUAAAAUGCUGACAUAGUGACAAAAUGUCUUAGUGAAAUUUGACAAAGUGAACUAGAUAAAGUUACUGUAAAAAAUAGUGCCAGAGUAUCACAGUGAAAAUUGACAUAGUAACAAAAAAUUGACUUAGUGACAAAAAGUUACGACAAGAAAACUGACAUAGUGACACAAGGAAAAAUGUGACAAAAUGUCAACAAACGCAACCCAAUCGCUCGGCGAAGACUACAACGGCACAAUCGUCUGGUUCAUUGUCAACGUCACAUUGACAGCUGUCACAAUUUCUGGCAACCUUUUGACAAUUGCAGCGAUCUUUUUUAGCCGCAAACUAAGCUCAGUCGUCGCCAACCAAUUCAUUUUCAGCCUGGCAAUCAGCGAUUUGUUCGUCGGCCUGACAAUCCCUUAUCACAUGACAUUUUACACGAUCAACUCCGAAUUCGGUUCGAGCAAAACGAACUGUUUACUUCGGUUCGUGCUCGUUUCGUUCGCUUGUUCGAGCUCGAUCACGAAUUUGCUCGUUAUCGCCAGCGAUCGCUAUGCGGCAAUUGUGUAUCCGUUGCACUACGCUCGGGUUGUGACUCGGAAAUGUUCGGUUGUUGUCGUAAUGGUUGCUUGGAGUGUCAGUUUUGCUGUGGCGGCGAUGCCGGUGAAGUGGAACGAGUGGCGCGCAGGCGCCGAAUGUGAAUUUUUCAAUGUGGUACCUGACGAUUAUUUGAACUUUGUUUUGUGUCCGAUGUUCGCGCUGAUUUGGUGCGCGAUGCUUUUGCUGUAUUCGAGGAUUUGUCGUGAGGCUAAGGGGCAAGUGGAGAGGAUGCGCAAUGGAAAUGGUGCGCAGCAGUUUGGUUUGCAACUGCGCGAUUCGAAGAGUUUUCAGGUCAUGCUGACAAUCCUCGGCUGCUUCACCGUUUGCUGGCUCCCCCUACCUAGCAACCACCAUCUACUGCCGGCACAAUCCCGGCUCGCCGGCAACCCGCUACUACGAGAUCGCAUUUAAUCUGGCCGUAGCUAACUCAGGAAUGAACCCGAUUAUUUACGCCUGGAAAAACCGAAACUUCCGCGCCUCCUUUUUGCAGUUGACGCGCUGCCGCAAGCCGGACGACGCUCCGUCGCGCGCGCUGCGCUUCGUUACCGAUCACGUGCCGCGCACGCGCGACGGGUCAUGCGAUCGAUUUUGACGUAUCGACUCUUAAUUGUAAAAGUGACAUUUUAAAUGCAAAUUGCAACCGAUUUUGACGUAUCGACUGUCAAAGUUAAAGUGACAUUUCUAUUUCAAAUGUGAAUAUAAGGACGACUGUUGACUGUUAAAAUGACAUUUU